AGGAAGCCCACCCUGUGGCUCCGUUUGUACAUAUGAGUUCUGUACAAAGAAUCUUCCCAGCCCUUUCUAUUUAACCAGGAGAUACAGUGGAUGACAAACAAGUUUGGAUUGACGCGUGGUUGAUAUAUAGAUAUCGGACGGUGGAGAGGUGAGGAGAGCUAGGGCCUGGACUGGAAUGGACCCUCCGAGAAAUGGUGAUCCCUCACAGACACAGUGGAAGUUGAAGUGAGUAAUGCUUCCUACUCCCAAGUCCCGACGUCUCUGUCUUCGUUCCUUUGUUUUGGAGUGGUGGUGGACAGAGAGAGAGAGAGAGCGCGCACUCUCCAAGUAAAUCGGAGUACACACGCACGGACACACGUACAGAGUUUCAAUUUCUCUCUCUCUCUCUCUGCCUCUCGCUUUCCAUUUUCCAGCUCAUACGCGCCCUCUUCCUUUCUUUCAGCUGCCUUUGCUAACCCGUCAAAAAAUACCUCUCUCUCUCUCUCUCUCUCUCUCUCUCUGCUUGCUCAGAGUUCUUCACGAGUUUACUCAGCUUCAAAAGAUUUUGAAUCCGGUAUCAGAAAUCGUGUCAGCUUGUUUGUCGUGAGUGAAUAAAUGGAUCCGUCGGCGCUGAUUGACGAGGGAUCUUUUUCGAACGCCAAUGCUGCAUCUCAAAACCUUAUGGAGAUCUGGCAGUUCCCAGCGACUGGCGCGGGGGAAUUCGGGGGUGGGUUGGGGCUGAGGAGGAUGCAGUUCGGGGAUGUUUUGGGUGAGAAUCGGGACGCUUCAGCCAAUGAUCCAAUGAGUUUGGACCGGGUACCGAAUCAUGGCGGUGCGAGGAAGCGGCGUGAUUUUGAGAACGAUUCCGCCAAGGGCGUCUCCACCAGCAAUGACAAUGUCGCGAUUGUGCAGAAUGAUUGCGGCGGAAAGCGGCUCAAAAGAAGAUCAGGAAGUGGGGACGAGAAUCCCGAUUCAAAAGCUGAAGCAGAACCCAGUUCAGGCAAGCGUGUGGAACAGAAUACUCGACCACAGUCAGAGCCGCCCAAGCAAGAUUAUAUCCACGUACGAGCGAGAAGGGGCCAAGCUACCGAUAGCCACAGUCUAGCAGAAAGAGCUAGAAGGGAAAAGAUAGGCGAGAGGAUGACAAUUCUACAGGAUCUGGUCCCUGGUUGUAACAAGGUUAUUGGCAAGGCACUGGUCCUUGAUGAGAUAAUCAACUAUGUCCAGUCCCUACAGCAUCAGGUUGAGUUCUUGUCAAUGAAGCUUGAAGUGGUGAACUCAAGAAGGAACCCCAGUAUUGAAGUGUUUCCUUCUCAAAAUGCAACUCCAGGCUAUACGGAUAGAUAUUCAUGAAGCUGGUUUUCUGUAUAAUGUAUGUAUAUUUGAAAGCAAGCAUAGGUAGUAGUGCCUUUCUUAUCUCUAACUUGCAUAUUUUCUCUUUUAAACUCUGAUUUACAACUGAUUUUGCGCAAAAGAAUAAAGCUGUGCAUAGAUGAGUCAUGCACCAUACA